AAAACACGGAAGUGUUAGAAGUUCAGCCUUAAGAGGAGAGAGGAGCAGUUUACGUUGGGAAAUCUUUUCUUUUUGUUCACUUUUAAACGUUUCCGUCAAGUUUUAACGGCUGGAAGCGAAGCUGAAGCGGAACCCGUGAGUCCGGACGGACACAGUGAUUUUCUGGCCUGAACGCAGCGUCUGAUGAUGGCGACGAAGACGUUCCGCUGUCCGGCACGGCACGGCUACGCUGUGGAGGUGUCGCCGUUCGUCCCCCAGCGAUUAGCCUGCGCCGCAUCCCAGUACUAUGGAAUAACGGGUUCUGGCUCUCUGUUUGUUCUGGAUCAGACAGAAACUGGGAUGGUCUUGGUGAGAAGCUGGGAGUGGGGCGACGGGCUCUUCGACGUGGCGUGGAGCGAGGCCAACGAGCACGUCUUGGUGGCGGGAGGCGGGGACGGCAGCCUGCAGCUGUGGGACUCGGCCAAUCAGCACGCUCCGCUGAGAGUGGCCAAGGAGCACAGGCAGGAGGUUUACUCGGUGGACUGGAGUCAGACCAGAGGGGAGAACCUGAUCGUGUCCGGUUCCUGGGAUCGCUCCGUUAAAGUGUGGGAUCAAGACCUCAGCCGAUCGCUGACCACGCUCCAAGGACACGAGGGGGUCGUUUACAGCACCGUUUGGUCUCCUCACAUCCCAGGAUGCAUUGCUUCAGCCUCAGGUGACGGGACACUCAGAGUUUGGGAUGUUAAAGCUGCUGCAUGCCGAUUGGCUGUCCCUGCACACAAAGCAGAGAUCCUGAGCUGUGAUUGGUGCAAAUACGACCAGAAUCUCGUGGCCACAGGUUCAGUGGACUGCAGCGUGUGUGUGUGGGACCUGAGGAACGUCCGACAACCCGUCAGCCAGCUGCUGGGACACACCUACGCCAUCCGCAGAGUCAAGUUCUCCCCCUUCAGUCAGACGGUGCUGGCCUCCUGCUCCUACGACUUCACCGUGCGGUUUUGGGACUUCGGUGGAAGCCGGCCUCUCCUGGACACCGUGGAGCAUCAUUCAGAGUUUGUCUGUGGCUUGGACUUCAACCUCCACAUCCCCCACCAGGUGGUGGACUGCUCCUGGGACGAGACGGUGAAGAUCUACUCGCCUGCCUGCCUGACGGCCGCAGCACGCUCUGCAGCUUCCUGACACACAGAGAGGCUCCUCAGGCCGGUUCUGGGCCGACUGAACCGGGUCUGGACCUCUGAGUCCGUCUGUCCCACCGAACAACAGAGAUGUGAAAAUCAGAUCUAAUGAGCUUCUGCUGUGCAGUGAAGGUCUGUUCAGGUUGUAAUUAAUAUUUGCUGAAUCAGCCAAUCAUCUCUGAGGGACGUUUCGGAUCAGAACCUGGAAACUCUUUGGGUUUAGCUGCUUUACGCCGUUAUCCAUUUAAAUAAACGCUGACUCAGCAAAGUUUAUUUACUACAUUUAUUCAGCUGUAUAUAAUAAAUAAAUGUUGGUUUUAACAU